AUGGAAAGAAGAGGACAGAAAAUAUGCCUAUGUUUUCAUGGUAACUUUGUUUGUUCUUCGUUUAUUAUUUUACAAAAUCAAGAAGAAACGGAGAUGUGGCAGAGAGCGAAAGAAAAGCUUCCGGAUGCGAACAACGAGGAGUACAUCAACCGUGGCCGUGAUGGUAUUGGCGAAUUCCUUCCCUGA